AUGGCCAACAUUCUCCCUUGGAUUGUGGUUCUGGCCUUCUCUUCGAUUGCUCACUCGCAAGACAUUGACUACAGCUGUGAAUAUCGCAGUAGCGAUGGCUCGGGGACAUUCACCUACGUUGACAAAAUCCUCAACGAUGGCGAGUUUACCGUAGCCUUCAAGGUGUUGGCCAACAGCGACGUCAGACUCAUCCUGUCCCCCGUGAAGGAGGACGAUGCCGCAGCCUACACCAUCACCAUUGGUGAAAGGAACGAGCUGACCUACAUCACUCGAUUCGGCAGCGACGACCGAUUGCAGUCGUACACGGUCAAAGAUGCAGUUCCUUUCCGCGAGAGUGAGCUGCGAUGCUACGACAAUUGCAUGAACUCCUACUGGAUCUGCUUCCAGAAUGGCAUGAUCAAGCUAGGCAGAGGGGGUGAUAGCGCCCCCUUUUUCGAGUUCGACGUCCCUGCUGGCGAGACCUUCAACCCACGUUACAUGGGUUUCGGCACGGGCAGCUCCAGCAUUGGGAUGUUCGGAGGCUUCCUCUUCGCUGACGAGUGCGGAAACCAAGGGCAUGGUACAGAUACCGGGACUACCACGAAACAACCACGGGAUUGUCAACCCGUCGACUGCGGAGCCAAAUCUUGCCUCUUCGGAUUCAAGAAGGUCAAUGGAUGCGAUACAUGUGAAUGCAAAGAUAACCCCUGUGAAGUGCUGACAGAUUGCAUGCCGUGCAAGCAUGGUUAUGAGAAGGACGAAUUCCAGUGUGACACAUGCAAUUGCACACCAGGUCCUUGUGACGACGAACCAUGCCAGAACGGGGGUUACUGUUAUGGCGUUGGCGUUACCAACUAUGGCUGCAUUUGCACCGAAGGCUAUGCCGGAACAAAUUGCGAAGAAGAUGUACAGAACCCGACCAUCGAAUGCCCCGCAGAUAUGACCAAAACAACUGACCCUGGAGCCCCCUCUGCCACCAUCACGUACGAGCCGACCACAGCGAGCGAUAAUUCCGGCGAGGCACCAGCCAUCGUUUGCUCUCCGGACACGGCCACGUUGCCUGUCGGCCCCAACACCAUCCAGUGCAUUGCAACAGACGGAAGUAGCAACACGGCCUCUUGCACAUACACGAUCACCGUCAACGAUGAGGAGCCACCAACGCCCAACUGCCCCAUACCGAUGGAGGAACCAACUGACGCCGGCAAACCGUAUGCUACCAUCAUCUACGAGAUACCAGCCGUGACGGAUAAUUCUGACCCCAGUCCGAACUUUGAUUGCGACAGGCUUCCAGGUUAUCAGUUUCCGGUCGGGCAAACGACGGUCACGUGCACCGCCAGCGACAAAUACGGCAAUUCCGAUACUUGCCCCUUCACUGUGGACGUAAAAGACGAAGAAGCGCCCAAGUUUGACUGCCCGCUCUCCAUGGACAACGUUCCCGUCGACGGGGGCAAGCCGUUUGCAACGGUCAACUACCCGCUACCGACAGUAACUGACAACGUGGACUCGGACAUCACGGUUACCUGCGUCCAGCCGCCAGGCUCCCAAUUCCCGAUCGGACCCAGCGAAAUCAUUUGCACCGCCACUGACCAGGCUGAGAAUUUCAAGACGUGCCCGUUCUCCAUUGUUGUGGCGGAUAACGAGGGUCCGACGAUUAAGUGCCCGGAUCCCAUGGACCAGACUACAGACGCGGGACGAGGGUAUGCUACCGUGAACUAUGACACGCCUGUGGCAAACGACAACUCGGACCCCAAUCCCAACGUAGUCUGUGAACCACCGUCUGGAUCCAAAUUCUGGCUUGCACCUAACGUUGUCACCUGUACCGCUACCGACAACGUUGGGAAUUCAGAAAUAUGUAAAUUCCGUGUUGAGAUUAGAGAUGAGGAACCACCAACGAUCACUUGCCCAAAGCCCAUGGAUGACGUAUCCACCGACGAAGGCCGCGACAUCGCAACGGUAAGCUACAACGUGCCAGUUGGCCAGGACAACGAAGACCCAAAACCUGUGGUCACUUGCGACACACUGUCAGGGUCAGAGUUUGACAUUGGAGAAAUCACAGUCACGUGCACAGUCACGGAUCAAUCUGGCAAUAGUGCCGAGUGCCCCUUCACCAUUACAGUCAAAGACAAGGAAAAGCCCAAGAUCAUAUGCCCGUUGCCAAUGCCUGACGUUUCGACCGAUGAUGGCCAGCCCACUGCCACAGUAGACUACCCGGCGGCAACAUCAACCGAUAACGCCGACCCAGAUCCGACAAUCAAUUGCAUCCCGCCAGCAAGUUCGCAGUUUCCGAUCGGCACCACUACUGUCAAAUGCACGGCCACUGAUGAUGCUCUUAACACAAAGAUGUGCCCAUUUGAUGUUACUGUGUCAGACAAGGAAAAGCCCAAACUGACUUGUCCAGAUCCGAUGGCUAGUUCAACCGACACCGGCAAGUCUUUCGCAAGCAUAGACUACGAAGUUCCGACUGCAACAGACAACGUGGAUGCCAGUCCGGGAGUGACAUGCGUUGAACCAUCCGGGUCUGAAUUUUCUUUGGGCCAAACCGUUGUCGAGUGUACGGCCAUCGAUAGCGCCAAAAAUGAAGAGUCGUGCACAUUCACAAUUGAUGUUACAGAUGACGAGAAGCCCGAGAUAAACUGCCCACUGCCCAUGACCGAGCCAGUUGAUGCUGGCCAAAAUUACGCCACUGUUGAGUACACGACACCGUUCGCAUCGGACAACGCAGACCCUGCUCCAGAGGUUACCUGCACUCCCGCGUCAGGAUCCCAAUUCCAGUUGGGCCCAAAUGAAGUCACUUGCAAGGCCGUCGAUGACGCGGGCAACAAGAAAAGAUGCACAUUUACGAUCACAGUCGAAGAUAAGGAAGGGCCGACGAUCGGAUGCCCAUUGCCCAUGCCCGAAUCGGCCGAUCCUGGUUCUUCCACCACCGCUGUGGUCUACACCGACCCGACGGUAUCAGACAAUACCGACGCUAACCCAACGGUGUCCUGUACACCAGCCUCUGGAUCAGACUUUACGAUUGGUUCGACGGAGGUCACAUGCACCGCCCAAGACAAUGCCGGCAACACCAACGAGUGCUUUUUCCCUGUCGUUGUAAAAGAUACCGAAGCGCCCGACUUCAUGUGUCUAGAUCCGAUGCUUGAGAAUAUGGACCUCGGUGAAUCGUUCGCGACCGUAACCUACAACAUUCCAACUGCAACUGAUAACUGGGAUCCUGAAGUAGUGGUAGUCUGCGCACCGGCGCCCGGGACAGCAUUCAAAGCUGGAGUUAAUACGGUCGUAUGUUCUGCCGUAGACGCGGCAAGCAACAAGCGGAACUGCACAUUCCCGAUUGACGUUCAAGAUAAUGAAGAGCCUGAGUUGACUUGCCCAAAUUCCAUGGACGAGUUUGUGGAUGCCGCUAAAGCGUUCGCCACUGUGGACUUCAAUGUGCCCACUGCGACCGAUAAUGCAGACCCGAUACCCAGCGUUGAGUGCAGCAAACAGCCCAACUCGGAGUUUGGAAUCGGAACCAAUACGGUGACUUGCACCGCGAGUGAUAAUUCGGACAACUUCAAGGCUUGUACUUUCACUGUCGAAGUGACCGAUAACGAGAAGCCCAAGUUCACCUGCCCAGUGGCAAUGAAUGAUGUAUCCACCGACUCAGGCGAAUCGUUCGCCACUGUUAGCUACGUUCUGCAACCCGCAACUGAUAAUGCAGAUCCUGCUCCAACUCGUACCUGCGACAAACCACCGGGCUCGCAAUUCCCGCUUGGACCAUCGACAGUCACGUGUACGGCAUCCGACAAGUACGGCAACUCCAAGACGUGCACGUUCACCAUAAACGUCGUAGACGACGAAGAGCCGCAGAUUACAUGCCCAGAUCCCAUGACCGAAACGACCGAUGCGGGCCAGGCGUAUGCCACCGUCAAGUAUUCGGCACCCACGGUUACCGAUAACGCAGACUCAAGUCCGUCCGUUUCCUGCGAGAAAGCCUCAGGGUCUAAGUUCUUUAUCGAGCCCAAUGUCGUCGUCUGCACUGCGCGUGAUAACGUUGGAAACAUCGCGUCCUGUACUUUCCCCGUCACAGUCAAGGAUGAGGAAAAACCAAAGGUUACUUGCCCCGUCGACAUGAAGGAGUCGUUCGACGCCGGAAAACCGUAUGCCACCAUCACUUACGAGAAAGCAUCAGCGACCGAUAACGUUGAUCCUGCGCCGGUGGUUACCUGCAUACCGGCUUCAAUGAGCCAGGUCAGCCAAAUUGGACCCAACACGUUCAAGUGCACCGCCGUCGAUAACUCCCUCAACAGCGAAGAGUGCGAAUUCACCGUGGAAGUAGGAGAUGACGAAAAGCCGGAGAUUAAAUGCCCAUUCGCCAUGGAUGAGAACGUGGACCCAGGCGAGCCGUUUGCCACCGUUUCCUACAAAGUGCCCGUUGCGACUGAUAACUAUGACCUGAAUCCCGCAGUUUUCUGCUCACCUGCGCCGUCGUCACAGUUUACAAUUGGGACCAAAACGGUCCAGUGUACUGCCGUGGAUAGCAGUAACAACAAAAAUAGCUGCAGGUUUAACGUGACGGUAUAUGAUAACGAACCGCCCAUCUUGACAUGCACUAGCACCAGCAUCACUCAGAACACCGACAUCGGUAAGGACUACGCAACCGUCGACUAUUCCCUGCCGACGGCAAGUGACAACGCAGAUCUCAAUCCAUUGAUCAGCUGUGAUAAAGCUCCAGGAUUCCAGUUCCCCACUGGCUCGACCACAGUCACCUGCACCGCCACUGAUAACGCCGACAAUUCUGCAACUUGCACGCUCAACGUUAAAGUAACGGACAAGGAGCCGCCGAAGCUAACAUGCCCAAAAUUCAUGGUAGAAUUCACGGACAGGGACGAGAAGUAUGCCACCGUUGCGUACGACGAGCCAGAAGCCACCGACAACGUCGACCAAAAUCCCACAGUCAACUGCCUUCCGAAACCAAACUCACAAAUUGACAUUGGAACUCAGGUUGUGACCUGUACUGCUACUGACAACACAGGGAACAUGAAAACAUGCGACUUCGGUAUAAAAGUUGUAGAUAAACAAGAGCCGGAGUUCACGUGCCCUAUCGACAUGUCAGAACCGGCCGACUUGGGCCAAAGGUACACCUACGUCAGCUACGUGACUCCGCGUGCACAGGACAAUUCCGGAGAAGAACCCCUUGUGGUUUGCGAUGCGUCACCUGGCUCCCAGUUCUUCAUCAACCCUAACACGGUCACUUGUACGGCAGUCGACACUUCUGGCAACAAAAAGACUUGCACGUUUACCGUUACUGUAACUGAUGAAGAAGCACCCAAACUCACCUGUCCAGAACCAAUGAAGAGAUCUGUGGAUGCCGGAAAGGACUACGCGACCGUCAGAUACAGCCUUCCAACCGUGUCGGACAACCAGGACCAAAACCUUGUAGCGACUUGUGAUAUUGAGUCACCAUCGCAAUUGUCGGUCCAGCUGAACACGAUCAAAUGUACGGCCACUGACAAAGCUGGCAAUAUAGGGGGAUGCUCCUUCACCGUGAGAGUCACAGAUGACGAAGCCCCGCAGUUUGACUGCCCGCUUUCCAUGACCGAAGACACGGACCCACGUCAGCCAACAUCCCAAGUCUCCUACACUGUACCCACAGCCAACGAUAACGUGGACGGUGGCGUGGAAGUAACGUGCACGCCAGCACCGGGCACACCGUUUGGCAUCGGACCAAACACCGUCACAUGUACUGCCACCGAUUCUGCCGGCAACGUAAAGACGUGCCCAUUCACCAUCCAAGUUAACGACAAUGAAGAACCGGAGUAUGAGUGUCCCAUUGACAUGCUGGAUGUCUCUGUCGACGCGGGUCAGGCGUAUGGGACGGUCACCUACACUCUGCCUGAAGUAACCGACAACGUAGACUCAAACCUCCAAAUCCAGUGUAUCGAACCACCAGGCUUCCAAUUCCCAAUUGGAAAAUCUCAAGUCAAUUGUCGUGCCACCGACUCGGCCAGCAAUACGAAAGAGUGUUCCUUCUUUAUUAAAGUCGGAGAUAACGAGGCACCGAAGUUCGACUGCCCACUGCCCAUGGAUGAACAAACAGACCCGCGUGAGCCGACCGCAUCGGUAUCCUACACUGUCCCGACAGCGACAGAUACCGUGGACGGCACUGUACAGGUAACCUGUGACCCACCACCGGGCACACCAUUUGGCAUGGGAAGUAACACCGUCACGUGCACCGCGACAGAUUCUGCCGGCAACACGAAGACGUGCCUCAAAAUUACGGUUGAAGACAAAGAAGAGCCCCAGUUUGGCUGCCCGAUUAACAUGAAGGAUCUUUCAGCCGAUGCAGGGGAGGCCUUUGCCACCGUCAACUACGAUCUACCAUCGGUAACCGACAACGUCGACAAGGAUAUACAAGUCACCUGCGACAAGGCACCGGGCUCGCAAUUCCUCAUUGGAACGUCUCCGGUGACUUGCACUGCCACCGACAACACCGGCAACUCAAAGACGUGCUCAUUCUUCAUUGAGGUCAAAGACAAGGAAAGCCCCAAAUUGACGUGCCCACUCCCCAUGAACCAGAACACAGACCUUGGCCAGUCGUACGCAACCGUCACCUACACUGUACCGGUACCAACCGAUAACGCGGACAACAAUCCACUGGUGUCCUGCGAACGGGCACCGGGCUCCCAAUUCUGGAUCGAGGCCAAUGAGGUCAUCUGCACCGCCACCGACAAAUACGGAAACAUAGCCACAUGCACAUUCCCUGUCGAAGUCACAGAUAAGGAAGAUCCGAAGAUCACUUGCCCGGAUCCCAUGGAGGGUCUUUCUUCUGACAGCCGCAAAGAUUACGCCACGGUGGACUACGUGAUACCAACGGGACGCGACAACGCAGACGACAACCCGAUUGUAUCUUGCGACAAACUGCCCAAUUCACAAUUUGGCAUCGGAAAUAACGUCGUCACAUGCACGGUGACGGAUAAGUACCAAAAUAGUGCUGAAUGCUCCUUCCCUGUGAAAGUCAUAGACGACGAGAAGCCCAGAAUUACAUGCCCAUUGCCGAUGCCCGAUGUUACCACCGAUGAUGGCCUAGCAACUGCCCUCAUCAUCUACGAAUUAGCGACGGCAACUGACAACGCCGACCCCAAUCCAACUGUCACGUGCACUCCGGCUUCGAAUACAGCAUUCCCGAUCGGUAGCACCACUGUCAGGUGCAAGGCGGUUGACGAUGCAGAGAACAAGAGGGGUUGCAACUUCCAAGUUGAUGUUAGAGAUGAUGAGGAGCCAAAAAUGAAGUGUCCAAUGCCCAUGAGUGAGUCGACCGAUAUUGGCAAGCCAUUUGCCAGCAUCAACUACGAAGUUCCGACUGCCACAGAUAACGUGGACGCCACUCUAGUGGUUACCUGUCUCGAACCACCCGGUUCGGAGUUUUCGUUGGACCAAACCACUGUCGUGUGCUCAGUCAGAGACAACGCUGGCAAUGAAAAGUCGUGCUCGUUCACAAUCGACGUUACAGAUGACGAAAAGCCAGAGUUGGAUUGUUCAAUUGCCAUGACGGAGCCGGUAGAUACUGGCGAAAACUUUGCCACAGUCCAAUACAAGAAGCCAAUUGCAAGCGACAACGCAGACCCUGCUCCAGAUGUGGACUGCCAGCCGGUGUCUGGAUCGCAGCUGUCCGUCGGUCCGAAUGAGAUCAUCUGUACCGCUGAUGAUGAUGCCGGCAACCAGAACACUUGCAAAUUUACAGUCACGGUAGAAGAUAAUGAAGGGCCGACUAUUGAAUGCCCGACAUCCAUGCCCCAAUCGGCUGAUCUGGGCUCUGCAACUACCACCGUGAUCUAUAAGGAUGCGACUGCGUCCGACAACACCGACCCCAAUCCGGUUGUAUCGUGCGAACCGGCGUCUGGUUCUGAAUUUCAGAUUGGUGCCCACAUAGUCACCUGCACCGCCACCGAUGAUGCGCUCAACUCAAACGAGUGUUCCUUCACUGUGGUCGUUAAAGAUACCGAGGCACCAGAAUUUACUUGCCCGCAGCCCAUGAUUGAAGACAUGGAUCUCGGCCAAUCCUUUGCCACCGUGGCCUACGACAUUUCGGCUGCGAUCGACAACUGGGACGCCAAUCCGCUGGUAACCUGCACCCCGGCUCCCGGCUCCAUUUUCAACGCUGGAGUCAAUCCGGUGGUGUGUACUGCCGUCGACGAAGCGCACAACAAGAAGAACUGUUCGUUCACUAUCGAGGUCCAAGACAACGAAAAACCAAAAGUCACUUGCCCGAAUGACAUGAGCGAGUUCGUAGACGCCGGUGAAGCGUUUGCCACCGUAGACUACAAUAUCCCGUCCGCGACCGAUAACGCUGACCCGCAACCCAAGGUCAAUUGCGAUUUGAAGCCGGAUACGCAGUUUGACAUCGGAUCCAAUCUGGUCACUUGCCGAGCUAGGGACGUGUCUACCAACAGGCAGAAAUGCACGUUCACUGUCGAGGUGACAGAUAACGAGCCACCCAAGUUCACAUGCCCGAUCUCCAUGACAAGCAUCUCAGUCGAUCAGGGCCAAGAUUUUGCCACUGUGGGUUAUGUCCUGAAUAUCGCAAGCGAUAACGCCGACCCUGCGCCGACCGUCACCUGCGACAAACCGUCGGACUCUGAGUUCCAGCUCGGAGUGACGGUGAUCACAUGCACAGCCAGUGACCAGUACGGCAACUCCAAGGAGUGCACGUUCCGUGUUGAAGUUACAGAUGACGAAGCACCAGAGUUCGACUGCCCAAUUCCCAUGGUUGUACCCACGGACGGCGGUCUCCCAUCAGCCGUAGUAGGCUACGUCAUACCUACAGCCACUGAUAAUGCGGACGGCGAAGUACCAGUUACCUGCACCCCGGCACCGGAUACAGUGUUUAGCGUCGGAGUAAACAACGUCACAUGCACAGCUACCGAUUCUAAGGGCAAUACCAAGAUAUGCCCAUUCACCAUCACCGUUGAAGAUAAGGAAAAGCCUGAGUUUGACUGCCCAAUCCCCAUGUCUGGCAUAUCAGUCAACCCCGGUCAGGCGUACGCCAUCGUGGAAUACCUCCUCCCCGACGCAACCGACAACGUGGACUCCAACAUCCCGGUCUACUGCGUCCCGGCACCGAGCUCCAAGUUCCCCCUUGGGCCGACCAGUGUCUCCUGCGUUGCAACUGACAAGGCCAAAAAUUCCGAGAGGUGUUCGUUCCCCAUUGAAGUCCGGGACGACGAGGCACCCAAGUUCAACUGCCCCUUACCCAUGACCGAAGACACGGACGAGGGCCUGCCAACUGCUGAGGUAUUCUACAGUCUACCAUCAGCGACCGAUAACGUUGAUGGCGACCUCCCGGUAACCUGUGAACCGGCGCCCAAUUCAGCAUUCCCAGUAGGCGUAAACACUGUCGUGUGCUCCGUCGCCGAUGCAGCUGGCAAUUCAAAAUCAUGCCCGUUCACUAUCACAGUUGAAGACAAUGAAGCACCCAAGUUCGAUUGUCCAAUCCCAAUGGAAGACAUUCCUAAUGACGCUGGCAAGAAGUCUGCGGUUGUCGACUACACCCUGCCAUCGGCAACCGACAACGUGGACGAAACUGUCACCGUCACUUGCGAGAAGGCAUCCGGCUCGGAGUUCCCCGUCGGAACGUCGCAGGUCCGUUGCACUGCCACAGACAACGCUGGCAACUCCAAAGCUUGCACAUUCCCUGUGGAAGUAGAGGAUAACGAAGCACCAGAAUUUGACUGCCCUAUCGAUAUGACCUCAAACACGGACAAGGGUUUUUCGACCGCCACGGUAUCCUACACCGUACCGACUUCAACCGAUAACGGGGACGGUAGCGUCCCAGUAACAUGCAUUCCGGCACCCGGAACACCAUUGAAAGUGGGAACAACCACUGUCGAGUGCACCGCUACCGAUUCUGCGGGCAAUAAGAAGUCUUGCCCAUUCGAAAUUACGGUUCAAGAUAAGGAAGCACCCGAAUUUGAAUGUCCCCUCCCUAUGGAGGACGCCAUAGUGGACGCGGGCAAGGACUUCGGGACGGUGGUCUACCAGACCCCGGUAGCAUCCGACAACGUUGACUCCAACGUGCAAGUCACCUGCGUCAAGCCGCCGGGAUCCCAAUUCCCGAUCGGUAGAUCUGAUGUCGAGUGCACGGCCGCCGACACUGCCGGCAACUCAAAGAAGUGCUCAUUCCCCGUUGUAGUUGGAGAUAACGAGGCUCCCAAGUUCGACUGCCCAAUCCAAAUGAUUGUGGCCACCAGCACUGGUCUCUCGACUGCCGUCAUUUCCUACACUGUGCCAACCGCGACGGAUAACGUCGACGGUACCAUUGCAGUGACCUGCACACCGGAAUCAGGCGCUGUGAUCGGCGUUGGAACGACCACCAUUGAGUGCACUGCCGCGGAUACUGCCAGCAAUACCAAGACGUGCCAGUUCCCUAUUACCGUUGAAGAUCGGGAGGAUCCACAGUUUGAGUGUCCAAUCCCGAUGGACGUGAACGUGGACCCGGGCAAGAACUUCGCCACGGUAGAUUACACGCUGCCAGUCGUCACGGACAACGUGGACUCCGGUCUGCAAGUCAACUGCGACAAACCGUCGGGAUCCGAAUUCGGGAUUGGAAAUACAAAGGUCACGUGUUCUGCCACUGACAGUGCCAACAACCAGAAGACGUGCACGUUCCAUGUUGACGUAACUGAUAACGAGGCACCAGAAUUUGACUGCCCGAUCCCCAUGACCGAGCCCACGGACCCAGGUCAGCCAACUGCCGCCGUGGUUUACACCACGCCAACGGCCAUCGAUAAGGUUGAUGGUACCGUACCUGUAAGCUGUACCCCAGCAUCUGGUACAGCACUCCGUGUCGGAGAAAACAUCGUCACUUGUAUCAGCACGGAUUCCUCAGGCAAUUCAAAGACUUGCCCGUUCACUAUCAAAGUUGAAGAUAAGGAAGAGCCCGAUUUUACUUGCCCGACUCCAUUGAUGGGCGUGUCUGUUGACCCUGGUCAGACCUAUGCCACCGUCAACUACCCUCUACCGAGAGUUACCGACAAUCUGGACUGUAGCUCCACCCUCUCGGUCAGCUGCGUGGAGGCACCUGGCUCUCAGUUCCCCAUCGGAACCAGCGUGGUCACAUGCACUGCCACUGACACGGCCGGAAACUCUAAGACGUGCACCUUCCCAAUUGAGGUUCAGGAUGACGAAGCACCCGAGUUUGAUUGCCCACUUCCCAUGAAGGAAUCAACAGAUGCCGGUCUGCCGACUUGGGCUGCAACCUACACAGAACCUACGGCUACCGAUAACUUGGACGGUAUUGUACCGGUUUCCUGCGUACCAGCACCAGGAGCACCAUUUGCCGUCGGACCGACCACUGUCACGUGCACCGCUACCGAUUCUAAUGGCAAUAAAAAGACGUGCCCGUUCAUCAUCACUGUUGAAGAUAAGGAAGCUCCGGACAUCAGUUGUCCAAUCGACAUGACAGACCUGUCACCCAAUCAGGGACAAGUAUACGCCACUGUCGUCUACCAACUGCCACAAGCGACGGAUAACAAGGACGCAAAUCCCACGAUUGUCUGCGACAAAUCGCAAGCCUACCAGUUUCCCAUCGGCAUCACCAAAGUCACAUGCUCCGCCACAGACAAUGCCUUGAACACCAAGGAUUGCUCGUUCACUAUUGAGGUUAAAGACACCACGCCACCAGAUGUCAACUGCCCGGUCGACAUGACCUUCAACUCCCCGUCCGAGAUCGACUUCGUGGUCUCUCGCGAUGUCAGCGCCACGGACAACGACGGCUCGAGCCGACCGGUCACGUGCGACAAUGCUCAAAUCUCGUACUCCAACGGGCGCAACACCGUCACCUGCCGCGCCACGGACGCCAGCGGAAACGAGGGAACCUGCCAGUUUGACAUCAUCAUUGCUCCUCCACUGUGCGAGUUCCCUACCGAGGCCAACAGCUACAAUACCUACAUGGAGUGCGCGACACCCCUCUCGCCUAACGAUCGUACCCAGGUCUGCUUCAAGGGCAGCAGUGGGUACAACAUGUACGUUGCCAUCUGGGAUAAACAGGACCCCAUGCUCCAACCGGGAAUGAUCGAUCUGAACAUCAUGGAAGGCACAGUCGAGAUCGCUCACGAGGGCUACUUCGCGUCAGAAAGCAUUCCGGGUUUCAGCGGCGGCGAUCCCAAACUCUGCGUCCGACGCGAUCCCACGGACAUCACCAUUUCCUACGACGGCACCCCGCUCUACACGACACCGACCGGCGCGCCCUUGACGGAAGUUGGCUUUGCUUCCAGUGACGAAGCCUUGUGGACUGCCCAGUCGUACUUCGGACCAAUAGGGAGUAGUCGACGUCGCCGUUCCAUCGAUGAUGACGACCCCCUCAGGACAGCUGUGAAAAGACGUCGCCGACGUGCUGCUGGUGAUGAUGGUGACCAGCAGGGUGAUCUGUUGAAAUCACGGUCCAAGUUUGAGAAGCGCCGGCGUUAAACAGUCGUCGGGGAGACCAGAGGUUUGAACAUGACAUGGAUAUGGAAGAUGAAAUACUGACUUUGGAUCUGCUGUAAGAAGACUUGACUUAUUUCAAGUUGACCAUAUACAUAGAUAGUUUUUUUGGUUUCACUAAAACAAGAUUGGUGGCGGUUUUGCUUAGAUUAAACCAAAAACUGGUUUGGUUGAAACGACAACACUUGUAUUCUAGUGUGGAGUUUCAUCACAACGCAUGAAAACCAGCAGUGUUGUUUCAAAAUCACAGUUUUUGCUUUUCGCGCUGAAAAUUUCAGAAUUAAUCAGGUGGAGAAGAAAUACGAAGAUAAACGUUUCAAACAUAGUGUAGCUAUUUUCAAGUAGUUCACAUUUUGAUGCCAGCUUAGUUGGGCACGUGCAGUAAAAGUCUGAUUUUUUUUUCAGGAUUUGAUGGAUAUUUUUGAUUUCCUUUGAGAUUUAGUCACAGAUAUUGUUGUGUAGUACAUAAAGUUUUUGUGAAGAACUGGUUUCCUUGGCGAUUAAUAGCAUUAGGUUGACACUAAUGAAGCAGCCAGCUGAGUAGGUAGUGUCGACUUCUUUUUGUUAAAAACUAGAAAUAAAUGAGCAAUGGAGGAAAGGUGGAUAUUUAAACAAACAGCCAAUGCAAUGAAAAAUUGGGUUUAACCAUUUCUUUUUAAUCAAACACAAAACCGGAUCAUGUUAAAACAGUGUUCAUUUAAAGUUGCAUUUCAGAUGUAUGUUUCAAAGUCAUAUUGAAUAUCAUAUCACUACUAUUUCAAAUGAAACAAGUAACAGUCAGUUCAUGACACUAUAUUGAUUCAAACACGAGAUUUGCGGAAUAUACCACAAUAAAAUCUUAAAACUAAGCACUUUCCACUAAUAUAACAUACUUUUUUCACAAGUGUUACUUUGGCAAGUUUGACUUGAAGCCAUCAAAUGCUCGCUAUUGUUUACUCCUCGCACUUAACAGGGGAACACAUUUCAUCAGUUUCAUACAUUUAUUAUUUCUUUGGGCCUGAUAUAUUUGUUAAAAUCUACAAACUAUGUUAUUUAAAGUGGAUGUUGUACCAAGUUUUAAACAAGUAUUUACUGUAAUUCUUAAAUAUGAAGUUAAAAAAAAAUUAGCCUGAAAAGUAGGUCUUCGGCCAAUCGGUGAAAAACAUUCAGAAAAAUGAAAAGGACUUACUGUUAGUUCUGAUCAUUUAUAUAAAAAUAAGUUUGCAUAUGUUACAGUUACAAACAUUGGUCCUGUUUAGAUAAUUUGGACUCAAAGCAAAUACAGGAUAAAUGUACAGAAAAAGUACUCCAAACUCCAAACAUGGUUGGCCAAAGUAACCUAAUCCUCAUGCUUUAAAUUAUUUAUCCCCAAAAAUAUUAUGUUUUUGUUUAUUAAUUGGAUGCCAUUCAAGGUUAAGGGUGUUUCGUUUCCAAGAAAUAAAGAAGCAAUUGCAUGAAAACGAU